GCGGGAAAGAGGGGUAAAAUACGGUAGUUUCCCGGCCAAAACGGGAGACUUGACAGCUAUGCCUGGAUGAGCGGUUGGAGCAUGGGUGGAUGGACUAUUUAGGUGUAUUGACUAUUUAGUAAUUCAGUAUGUUAUAGAAAUAGUAGUAAUAAUAAUAUAUAAUAUUAACCUAAGCCAAUACAAUGGAAACGUGAACAUUUUUCAAUAACUGAUGUAAAAACAUUAUAAUCAGUACUUGAGUUAAAUUGGAUUUUAUUUUAUUUAUUUAAAUAUACACUUUGUAUUACUUUUAUACGAACUUCACCAAAACAGCCUGCCUACAACAUUUUUUCUGAGUCCACAUUAUGUUCAGUCCUGACAUUCUGUAAAUUAAGGUGGAGGACAAAAGAUGUUUAAUUGUCUCCCCAUUAAAGCCAAAUAGCGCGCAUAUAUUUGUAUGAGACAGAAUGUGAAAUGGUUAUUGAAGCAUUUGCUGUAAAGGUGAGAAAGUCCACGUGUGAUGUCACAGCACCUCCGUAAUUAGAGGAUUUAAAAGGCGACGGUCUGAGGUGAGACCAUGAAUCAAGCUCCUUCAGACCCUCUCUGGCUGCAGAGAUUAGUGCUGUGCCCAUCAGCUGGGGGAAUUAAGAGUGUGUAAGGAUGCGAUUUAUCUAUAUGGGCUGCUGUGGACUAGAGUGAUCAGCAGAACAGAGUAACAGUAUAUUCCGGAAAGUCAAAGCACUGGGUACGAUUGAUGAUGAUGCAUAAAGCUACGCUGCUGAUGUUGUGCUGCCUGACAGUGCCUACAUCCUGUGCCACACUCUACCCCGGUCUUAGAUUCGACCAGAGGGCUCUGGCUUCCUUCUUGCUCAGCUCGUCCGCAAUGCUCCCCAACCAGCUGCCUCACGCCGAAGACAAGACCAAACAAGCAGCUGACCACCGAGCCACCAGGCAUGCUGAUGCCAUCUUUACCAACAGCUACAGGAAGGUGCUGGGCCAAAUUUCAGCUCGAAAAUUCCUCCAAACAGUAAUGGGGAAGCGAUUUGGUGUGGCAGAGGCAAGAGACAACGUGAAACGUCAGUCAGGCAUUUGCAAGGACACGUACAAGCAGGACCUUACUGCCAUCUUGAAUGAACAGAAGAUCAGACGGUGGCAGCAGGACGUCACGAGGCACAGGUUAGCGGCAGAGUGUCACGUUACGAUCUCAGCCAGGAUCAGCGGCUCACAGCCACAGAGCAAACUAACCUACCAAGCAUUAAGACCAGUAACCAACAGGAUACCCCCCUCUCUGGUUGUUUCAGCUGCAGCGGGAGUACUUGUGAGCGGAGUGAGACGGCGUUUUCUUCUCCUGGGGGACGGAGAGGUGGAGCCAGCGACAUUGAUCAUUGAUCACACCGCUGCUGUUAGUUUUCAUUUCAGUACAAUCAGGGCAUUCUGAAUGAAGAAAUACAUUGCGGGAACCCACUGUAAAUAGACAUACCUUACAUUUGCAUAGUUCUUCAUUCUUUGAUUUUGAAUUGUUUACUCAGAAUAAAGCAAAGGAACCAGCCUAACUGGGGGUUUACUGGCUGACUUUGGCUGUUAGGCGCCUCAAACUGUAGUUAAAAGCCAUUUACUAGUUGUGUUGAAUAUAUUCACAACUUGACUACAAAAAGUUAAUGAGGGGAGCUCGACAGCCUUAGACAAAAUGAGCCAUUAUUACAUGGGGGGGCGGCACUUCUGGGACCAGCAUUCUAGCCCCCACCAGGGCUCUGUGGGUGUGGGGUUUCCUUCAGGGUCCCCCCCCCAGGUUGUUCCCUGCCUUGAACCCAUAGCCUCUGCACCGCCCCUGACCCUGAAUAGGUCAAGUGCUUUCA